UUUUCCCCACCUCAAGAUCCUUCAAAUCUGCACCGGCUGGCGCCAUGUUGGAGCCCAUCGCUGCUCCGCCGGGCGCACCCUGGGGCCUCCGUGCUCGCUCCCUGAGCCCUCCGCGCGCGCCGCGCGCCGUGUCCCCACAACGGCUCAUGGUGGUUCCAAUGCUCUCCCCAAGAAGGGCCCCAGCGCCCUGGCAGCCGCAGAUCCUGCAGCCAGCGCCUGGCUUUUACCCGGUGACUAGCCCAGCGCUCCAGCCGUUGUCGCCGGCGCAGUCGGUGCCAGCGCAGCUGCCAGUGCCUUCUCCGGUGCCAGCACAGCCGGUGCCGAUACAGCCAGUGCCCCUGCAGACUUUGGUUCAAUCAGUCUCCAGCCCCUGCAUGGCACAGGGGCCUCCAGUGCUGAUCUCACCUAGAGGUGCUCCCCCCCAGGGGCCGCUGCUGGGGCCGCUGGUGCCUGGAAACCAACCUUCCUCACCCGAACGUGCCUGGCGCGCCGCGCCACCUCCGCUUGCGUGUGGUGCACCUUGCGCGGAGCCGGUGGCCGUCGGGCAGGUCGGAUCACCACAGAAUCCUCACCGCCUCAUGCAAAGCAAUGGCUCAGCACCACUGAUCCACAGCAUUUACAGCCCUCGGCCAGAAGCGAAUGUCAACUACUUGGCUGCGAGUCACGAGUCCUUGGCACAGCAGAUCAAGGCCUUGCAGGCACAGCGCACCGCUGUGGAGAUCGCUCAGCCUGAGAAGCCGUUGAACCUGCAGGAAGCCCUGCGUCGAUGGCCUAGUCCAGAGAGCCCGGAAUCCAUCGAGCAGCUGCUGCGCCAGGAGGAGCUGGAGCUCAGCGAGGUGCCUGAGGCCGACGCCGACUCGGUGUCCGCGGAGCCGGAGGAGCAGCAGCUGGAACCGGAAGAGCCGGAGCUGCCGGUCUCAACGGAGCACGUGCUACCCGCGCUGCCAGCACAGGAGCGCGUCAAGGCCACCUCUGCCUUGACCAGCUCGAGCUCGUCCCGUGCGAAGCGGAAUGCCUCUCGCGCGCGGCGGCUGACGAUGAUGCCCGAGUUUCAGGAGGAGGCUGCUCGCUGCCGCGCGCAGCUGCAGAAGGCCUCACUGAACGUCUCGGCCAAGCACCUCCGAGAGCUUCGCCAGUUGCGGCGGCCCCCGCGUCAGGUGGCACAGAUUCUGGAUACUGUGGCUCUACUCCUGGGGGAAAAAUGCGGCAACAAGGGCUACAACUGGCAGAAGAUGCUCUCAGACUCCCUGCCGCAGCGUUUGAGCGACUUCGACGUGGCUGCCAUGACGGCGCCCCAGCGGCAGAAGGCGCUGGAGGUCUUUGGAUCUGAAGCGAACUCACAGGAGGCCAUUGCGAAGACUCAUCAGCCCUGCAUCUCUUUGUUUAGAUGGUGUGCUUGCAUUGGUGCCUUCGUCACCCACACCGAGCGGCUCAUCGCUGCGCCGUCGGUGUCCGCGUCCGUGGCGCCGUCGACGGCCGAGCCGGGCACCACGCCGCUGCCGAGUGACCGAGCGGAUCGGGUGGAAGAAGCGGCCGCGGCGCCGGGCGAGGCGGAGCCGGGCUUCGUAGUGGAGCCUGAGCUCUCGCAGCUGAGCAGUUCGCAGCUGAAGAGCGUUCAGGAGUUGAAGGUGCUGAAGCCGGGAGUGGGGAUGGUCGUUUUUCACGGCACCACGGAUUGCACGGAUCUGGAUGUGGCGCGAGAUAUCGUCUUGAAGCGGGGCUAUGUUCUCGUUUAUCCAGAUCAGAAGAAGAAACCUCCACCUGGACAUGGCCUCAACAAACAUGCCACUGUGACGAUGUAUCAAUGCUUCCCACCUGGUGAGCCCUUGCGGGCACUCAGCGAGGAGGCGGUGGCUGAGUAUAAAGACAAGAUCCGGCGAAUGACCGAGGAGAAUAGCGCAUGCACCUUUAUUGACUAUGACUGCCAGACAGGUGUUUGGAAAUUCGAGGUUGAGCGCUUCUGAAUCAUUGUGAUGAUUUUUACCCAAACUCGUC